GUGCAUAGCUCCCACGUGCACACGUGUGUGACGCGAGUUUGACAGUCGCGCGGUCGGCUCUCGCCCGGUGUGAAGCCGGCUCCAGUGGCGAUGUUGUGCCCUACAGGUAUCGGAGCGAAGCUGACGGGUCACGGCGAUCCGUGGCCGUUCACCAGUGACCAGCUGUGGCGGAUGGCUCCCGUUCUAGCCCGGCGGGCUCGCCGCUGUCGUCUGGCCCAGUUCGGAGGAUCACCUGCGCGCCGGUGUCUCUCCGAGCCGCUCACCAGCUCCCAACUCAGUCAGUUCGUCAAAGAAGAACACGCCGCUUGCUGCGCAUCCGACCGGCGCCGAUACAACUUUGACUUUGAGACGAUGGAGCCGCUGGAGGGUCGGUUCUUAUGGGAGCCUGUCGAUCAACCACCACGGCUGGCUGACAGCUCAGAGUCGGAGUUUGGCUGCGACAGCUCGUCGGAGCUGCAGACACGGACGGUGCCGGUGGUGCUGAAAACGACCCCGGAGCUGAGCCGCCCAGCGCCACUGAAGGAGACAGAGAGGAUAUCAGCCUGUCCUCCCGACAGUCCUCUCAAAGCAACCGAACACACCUCCAGCACGGACAUUUCUCGAGCCGGAAAAAGAUCCGCUAUCUCUGUGCGCGAUAGCCGCCCUCCACUGGCAGAAAUCUGCAAUGACCGGGACCACCUCCGCUUCAGAGAGCUGCUGCCAUGCCUCGCUGACGAAACAGUGCACACUUCUCCGUCUCCCAUAGAAAGAUAAACGAACUGUCGGAUCUCGGCUCACGUGGUUUACAAGUCUUUGAUGGGACACAGCCACCUGACGAGAUCCAAUAAUUUGGCUCGAUGAAGCAGACGAGGUUGGCUCAAGGGGGCUUAGUGGGGCCUGUCCCAGAUAACAGAUGGAAGGUGGUGAGCGCAGCCCCCUGCAGUGAUCUCAUUUCAGCAGCCGCUCACUGAUCUUGGCCUCACAUCCCUUGUGGGCAACCACACCAGAUGGCCUAUAUCCCACUGUGCCAUUCAUACUCACCUCGAAAGUGCUGAGUUCUGAGUGAUUCGAUGUGAUGUUUGGAAAGUGUCGUUUCAACUUUUUUACUUUUGUUGUGUGGCUAAUUUUCUCCUGUUAACCCCGCCCGCGCGUUAAACGUCCAUCGUAUCAUUGUGCUUGAUCUAACAAUGCUUAUCACUUACUGGGGGGGGGGGGGGGAGGGGGGUGGUCUUGUUUAGGUUUAGGGUAGGAAGUUAAGGACUAUCAAAAGUUUCACAGCUAGCGGCUUUUCAUCAGUGUUCACUAUAGUAAUCGUUUUCGAGACUGAGCCGGUUCGAGAAGAGAUUGUAGUGUAUAGGUGCCCGAUGGGUGAAACUUCAUCACUGCCAUAUUCAUAGUCGUUCUGUGGAGGAGACCCUGCCAAGGAGACGUUGGGCUGGUGUGAUCUCUCACUGAUACCAGUGAUACUGUGAGCUGAUACCAGUGAUACUCUGUUCGUUGUCUUUCGGCCAGCGUAACCACUGCCGUCGUCUGUUACUACCCUUUUUCAACUGUGGAGGGCGCCAACGUCUGUGAUGCCGUUCUCGUUUUAACAACACGUCACGUGCUGCAUGUAUGAGACGGUGAUGAUCUUGGAUGACAAUAAAUGUUGUUAUACGCAUU